AUGGAGUUUCCGCUCCGAGUCCCUACUACCAAUGCCCUCCUUCACAUCACCCUUCGUACUGCGGACAAAGCACGAGUCCUGCUGGACUGUCAGAAGGCGUGGAACACAACGUUUGAUGGCUGGGUGGUUGGUGGGGACUGCAGCAAGGCGGCGAACAUCACGUGCGAUGCCACGGGCAUGAUAACAACCAUGCACAUCGAGUACAACAGCUUCAAUGGCCCCCUUCCUGACUCCAUUGGCAACCUUGCGAAUCUUCGAAGCUUUAUCCUGGCGUUUACCAACCUGCCUGGCCCCAUUCCUGAGUCCAUCAGCAACCUCGCAAAAUUAAGUCACCUAGACCUGUUUACCAACCAGCUGACUGGAUUUCCCGAGUCCAUCACCAAGCUUGCAAUGCUUAAUCACUUCGACCUGGGGAACAACAGGCUGACCGGCACCAUUCCUGAAGCCAUCACCAACCUCGCACUCCUCACCUACUUUGACAUCGGCACCAACGGGUUUACCGGCACCAUUCCUGAGGCCAUCACCAACCUCAUGAAUCUUCGUGAAUUUAAACUGUUCACCAACAGCUUGACUGGCAGCAUUCCCGAGUCCAUUGGCAACCUUACGAACCUCAAUGUUUUGGACUUUGCCCAGAACAGCAUCACUGGCCCCAUCCCACAAUCUGUCGAGAAGCUCACGGGCCUUGCUCAUUUGUCUUUGUCUGAAAACAACAUGAUGGGUUCGAUUCCUGACUCCAUUUCCACACUCACAAAGCUAACUUUCCUAGGUCUCUCAGUAAACAAGCUGACUGGACCAAUUCCGCCACUGGGCAACCUCCUUGCAUGUGAGGGCAUAUAUCUGAAUUACAACAACCUGACAGGCCCCCUUCCUGACUUCCUCACCAAGAACUCAGCCCUUCGCCAAUUAUAUCUCAACGACAACGGGCUGACUGGCUCAAUACAAGAAACAAUCAGCAACCUUCAGAAUCUGCUCACCUUGAGUCUGCAAGGCAAUCGCUUGACGGUAUCCAUUCCAUCCACGGUUGGAGUCAUGAGCACCCUCACAUCGCUAGCCCUUGGCAACAACAGCCUGAGUGGAACAAUCCCUAACUCCAUCUCCAGCCUCUCAAACUUGGUUCAACUGGAGGUUUGGAGAAACAACCUGACUGGCCCGAUACCAACGACGUUAAGCAACCUCCAGGUUUUAACAGUAUUGAUCUUUACUAACAACAGCCUCACUGGCCCAAUUCCUGACUCCAUUGGGGCGCUCACAAGCCUGAGGCAAUUAUACCUGGCGGCCGCCAACCUGAGUGGCACCAUUCCGGCGUCCAUUAGCAACCUCGCAAAUCUUUCUGACUUGGACCUCGCCCAGAACAGCAUCACGGGCACGAUUCCGCAAUCCAUCGGGAAGCUCACGGGCCUUACUCACUUGGGCUUGGGCUUCAACGUCUUGACUGGCUCGAUUCCUGACUCCAUCUCCACCCUCAAGAAUCUAUCUGCCUUGAGUCUUCAAAGCAAUCGCUUGACAGGAUCCAUUCCUUCCACUGUUGGAGUUAUGAGCACCCUCACAUCAUUAUCUAUUAGCAACAAUAGUCUGAGUGGAUCAAUUCCAGAUUCCAUCUCCAGGCUUACAAACUUGAUUCAACUGGGCCUUCGCAAUAAUGGCUUGACCGGCUCCAUUCCAUCCAUGAUUGCAAGUUUGAGCAGCCUGACAGUAUUAGUCUUGAACGACAACAGCCUGACCGGAACAAUUCCUGACUCCAUCUCCAUGCUCUCAAACCUAGUCUUACUAAACCUUGCCAACAACGCCCUGACAGGCAGCAUCCCACCGUCCAUUGGCAGCCUCACCCAGCUUUCUACCUUGAAUGUGAGUGGAACUGGCCUGACCUGCCCGGCUGACUACACUCCAUGCGUGGCGCAGCAGCAGCCUCAGAGCGCCUUUUGCCUCCAGUGCUCCUCUUUCUGCACCUCCUGCGGCAAGCCGGCACCUC